CCUUCGUUCACGCUUCAGCAGCAUAUCACAGUGGAAUGGGGGCUGUUGGUAUUCAACGACUCAGAAUAUUGAUCCUGCUCCUCACCAUUACCGCGUUCACUCUGGCAUGCGUGUGUUUCUCUGAGUGCUACAGGAACCUAGACGAAGGAGGGGCCCCCGUCACCCUUUCCGUCGUCAUAUUUUUCUCAUACUCUUAUUCUCUCAAGGGAAAACCAAUUGUCGGAAGAUCCGUUCGUGCUUUCUGUAUUUUUGUAUUGUCGGCACUCACUGUAGUCAGCUGUCUAGCUUUAGAUCCAACCAACUCGAGGUCGAAUGCCGACUACUUUGGAUAUCCACUCCUUGUUCCUGGGUUCUUUAUGCUCAUCGAUAUGGGUUGGACUCUGUGGGACACACGGCCAAAGCAACCUAAUGGAAGUCAAGAGUCCAAAGAGAGUCCUGAUAUUAUCAUUAUCAGCCCUGAGAUACCUCAUCGUAAUGGUACUGCAGUGUCACCAACACAAUAUGUUUAUCCUCCUCUUCCACAGCACCUACAGUCACAACCUCAGGAAUUAAUGCCAAAUACACACUAUUUCGCCGUGGACCCACCACCACUAGAAGUCAAAGGAGGACCUCAGCCGCACCCCGAAGAAGCCUCGCCACAUCUACUGCAAAACCGAGAGGUACCUCAAUUAUCUAGAUCACCACAACCAACAGCACUUCCGUCAUCGCAAGCGCCACAGCUCCUGCCUCAGGCGCCUCAAUUGUAUGGGACACUUCAAUCCCAACCUGAAAUGGUUACUCCGCAUUUGUUGCAAGAUCGAGUGAUGUCCCAACACUUUCAACCUCAAACAUCACAACCAACAAAACUUCUAUCACCGCAAGCACCACAACUCCUACCUCAAGCACCGCAAUUCUAUGAGAUACUUCAGCCUCAACCUGAAAUGACCUUUUCAUAUUUACAACAAGGACAGGGGAUGCAACGAUCGCCACAGUUCUAUGAAACGUCUUAA